AGGGUCACAGGGUUGAAAUCACCCUCACCGACGGUGCCGAAUUCGAAGGUGCCUCGUACCCGACCAAUUCCGCCUGCGACCUGAGAAUGGUUCAGCACAAGAAGAACCCGGGCGAGACGGCCAACGGAACCAGCAAGAGAGACUAUCCCAACAUGCCCUUCCAAAAGAAGGACAUCUCGGAUGCUAGGGUCACGGGCAACCCUAACAAGGGCGACGUUAAGCAGAAUGGCACGUCGGUCAACUCUCGCAACGACUUUCGAACUGACAGUGCCAUCUCGGCUGCUCGCCUCGGCCACGAGCGGCCCCUUCAACCAUGGGUCGCGCCCACCAACUCCGACGGUCUUGAUUUGAGUUUGGAGAAGUCUGGCGGCGGCGGUACAUGGGAUCAGUUCGCCGCGAAUGAGCGUCAGUUUGGUAUCAAAAGUACAUAUGAUGAGAAUAUUUACACUACCGCUAUCGACAAGAAUCACCCGCAGUAUAAGGAGCGGGUGGCCGCCGCGGAGAAAAAGGCUAGGGAGAUUGAGCGAAGCGUGGCCGGCACAGCUCACGUCGCUGAGGAGCGGGUCAUGGAUUAUGCCGGUGGUGACGAUGCUGGCGUCGACGAAGAGGACAAAUACAGUGGCGUUAAACGACAAGACUUCCCUCCUCUACCGAAUAGUCGAGAGAAUAAGUAUACCCCUCCGGCAAGGCGAGCCCCGACCGGUUCUUCUACUGUGAAAGGCGCACCUGUCGACCCAGCUAUCAUAUCGUCUCAGCUCAAGACACAAAAGACUCAACCGGUCCUCCCCAAGCAGGACGACGGCAAGUCUCGGCCUACCGCAAAAGCUGAACCUCCUUCGACGUCUCCCGCCGUCAAGCCCCCCGAGCCCAAGCCGGAUAACAACAAAGUAGAGCCGCAACGCAAACCGUCGGAAGCCAAACCGCCGGUCCAGAACGCAGCCCCCUCGAAGCCAGCUGCUGCCACGGGCCGAGCAAACCCUCCCCAGGCGAAAGAUGGCCAGGGUGCAGCACUUAGUGCCACCUCGACAGUUGAACGGGACGUUCUCAAGGAGUUCAAAUCAUUCGCCAACCAGCAACGUGCCAACGUUGAGAAGGUUCGGAGUUCGAAGUUAAAGGCAGACAAGGAGGUCAAGCUCAUCGAGCUGAAAAAGUUUGCUGAUAACUUCAAACUACCAACUCCGGUUCCUAUCGAUUUGAUCUCUAUCAUCGCUAAGGAUCCUGCCAAGCAGCGGGAAAUCCAAGAGAAGGCCAAGCGAGAUGUUGCCGAAGUCGCUAGACGGAAGGCCGAAGAGGCCGCCGCAAAGGAGAAGAAGGGGGCGGCGGCCAAAGAGGCCCAAGCUAACGCGGUCUCUCAGCCUUCCGAUAGCAAGCCCGCACGUCAAACUUCAAAUGCACCAGCGCCAGUUCCCGCGGCUGCUCAACCACGACAUCAGGGUAACCGUCAGAGUUACAUUUCUCCCACGUAUCCGCACGCGGGAAAUCGCCCGGGUCCCCAACACAUGCAGCAGCCGGGGCGCCAGGGCGGCUUGACCGGCCGCAUUCGGGCUAUAGAGGCGCAAAAGGCGCAGCAGGGCCAGGACGUCCGCUUGCCCCCAACCGGACCGGCCAAUGCCACGGAUCCUUCUUUCGUUCGUCGCAUUGGGGGGGGCGUGCCCAACCACGUAGGCGGCAAGCUGAAUCCGAACAGCCACGAGUUCCGGCCCAGCCCUUUCGCGCCGACGUUCAACCCUCACCCCAGCGCAGGGUCUAGUCCCCGUUCGGCCAUCAACCACGGCGCCGAGUUGCAUUCCGGCACCGCCAGUACUCCGUCCCAAUUGAUCGUCAUUACCAAGAAGAGGAAGGCAGUCGACCCGAAGAAAUGCGUUAUAUUGUCUUUUGUCAAGACGAUCCAACCCCCAGAGAAUAAGAAUUGGAUCGACAACGACGGCCUGCGGCCUUCAUACGAUACCCCGCCCACUUGGCGCUCAGCGACGGACGACGAGAAACCAGAUUCGACUAUGCGCUUGUCAUACGACGAAUACUUCGAGCGACAGCCCUUCAACACGCAACCGACCCCGAACCCCCCACAUCUGCUCCCCCAGAUGGCCCAUCAACACCAAUUGCCUUUACAUAUGCAGCAUGGAGCGCACCCUGUCGCUCCGCGACACUCGCCACACGUGCCUCCGGUCCAAAUCCACGGCGGCCAGCAUGGGCCCGUUCCUCAUGCUCCGUUCAACGGAGCGGAUGAUCACAGGAUGAUGCAUUCGAAUUCGUCCCAGUCGUACUCCUCGCCGAGGAUGGGACAGGUACCGAUGGUGUACCCCCCUAAUAUGAACACCCCGCAGAUGCCUUAUAAUCAACCCAUGAUCCCCUCGUUCAUGGGACCCGGAGCGCCGCCCAUGAACCAGUUCAACCGCAGCUUCUCUAACAACCCCCAGUAUAUCCCCCAGCAGCCUGGAGGAAUGGGUGCGCCGAUGAUGAUGCAGCCGCAAUUCAUGUCGCCUCAAUCGAUGGUGCCAGCGCCCCCGCAGAUGCACCCAUAUCCUACCGGCCAUCUCCAGUUCAUGCCUCCCGGCGCUACCCCACCCCAGCCAAUGCCGGGCACGAACGGCUACCCAAGCCCUAGGCAGACGGCGACUAUGAUGGUCCCGCAGGGAUCGCAGCAGGGACAGCCUCUAUACGGCAUGAGCCCCAACAUCCCAUACCAGCAGCCGGCAACCUUUAUGCCGCCACAAGGCCAGGUGAACAACAUGCGAGGCUAUAACAACCCAGGCCCUCAGCAGUUUGGAACCAGCCCGCAAAAUGCGCAUCAGUACGGACCGCCGUAUCGAAACGGCGGUAACUUCAAGAAUUACCAGGGCCACAAUCAGCACCAAGGUCCGCAAGGCGGCCAUUCCAUCCCGGCCGGACCGCAGGGUCGAUCUUCUGAGGGUCCGGACGAGGCUAAGUGAAUGGAGGUACCGGAACUACUUGCGAAGAACAUACCGGCGCCGCGCUCCAGCGCAUAUUUAGUUUCAUCAUUCAGCCCAGCAUCAGUACCGGCCGCCUGGGCACGUCGAUCAUAGCAUCCCCUUCGCACAGACAAGUAGCGUUAUCGACAUAACGACAAGUGGUGGGGUACGAGGCUCUAUGAAAGCCUUGUAGUGGAAAGAAGACAGGGUGACAACGUUUUGAUACGAGGACGAAUGGCCAGCGA